GCUAUAUAAGCGGUGUUCCCACAAAUCGCUAAUCAAAGUAGAACUUGUAUUCACUCUGUAAACAUGAACUGUCUGAAGAUCUGCGGCUUUUUCUUUGCCUUGAUUGCGGCUUUGGCGACGGCGGAGGCCGGUACCCAAGUCAUCAAUGCUGGCGGACACACACUGAUUCAGACCGAUCGCUCUCAGUACAUUCGCAAAAACUAAGGAUCAGGCACAAAAAAUAAUCUAAGCAAAUAAAAAAUGACUUAAAACU